AUGUCGGACGAGCGACCACCCUCCACUAAGUCGAAAGGCCCAGAGCCGCUUAACCACCUCCACUUCGAUCCCUGGCAGUCAUCCUCCACAGGGCACCAGCGCGCAGCGCAGGGCGGCUCUUUUAUCGGUUCAACGUCAUGGCGAGAAGCAAGGUCUUCAAAGCUAAGCAAGCAAUACCAAAGUGGCGAUUGUCUACCCGGGCGAGACAACUCGGACUCGACGCUGGCUCCCGGCGCAUUUGACGGGAAAUGCGGGUCCGAGUCCCCGCCCAAGGCCUCUGGAGUAUGGACCAUGCUGGGCGAGGAAGAGGUGAAGAGGCAUCAGCUUGGUGUUCGAGAUAUUCGAUCGUUUAUGGGGGUAAGCAAAAGAAAAGCAAGUGAUGAGCUGGAUGAGAAGUCGAAAAAGAUCAAAUCUGCAACAAAUGUACAGACCCAAGAACAGCCCUUGAAGGCUGGAUGGGCGGAGGAUACUUCGAUCUCGACGCGACUAGAGAAUCCAUCGCAUACUACAGCUCUCGAUUUGAAAUCGACGUCGAAUAUUUUUGCCGGAAUCACAAUUUUCAUAAACGGCUCCACUCUCCCCCAAAUCUCCGAAUACAAGCUCAAGCAUUUACUUGCUUCGAAUGGCGCCAGGACAUCAAUCUAUAUGGCGCGAAAGACAGUGACGCAUGUUCUAGUUGGACAACCGAACACUGGAUCCUCGGGUGCAGGUGGCGGUCUCUCGGCGAGUAAGCUCCAGCAGGAGAUUGCACGUGGUGGGUGGAAGGGUGUCAAGGUUGUCAAUGUUGAUUGGGCUAUCGAGAGUAUCAAGGCUGGACGGAGGCUUGCUGAGUCUCGGUUCCCUGGGCUGCACGUCGCUGCCAAGGGGCAGCGAAGUGUAGCUGGAAUGUUCAGCGCAAAGAAGUGA